UUCACGUCAUUGCCAUCACUUAUAUGUUUUUGUUAAACUUUUGUUAUCUCGCCUGCGUGCCCAAGUGGCUUUCCGACUAAAAAUCUGAUAAAAAAUAUAUUAAUUCCUUGCCAUUUAGUUUAGUACAAAGAGACUUACUAGUCAUGUCGAGGUUCAGCGGAGCGCUGCAGCUCACAGAUCUAGACGACUUCAUAACACCCUCACAGGAAUGCAUUAAGCCCGUGACUAUAGAUAAGACAAAGUCAAAAACAGGUGCUAAAAUCACAGUACAAGAAGAUGGCUACUAUGAAGAAUCGGAGGAAAGCGGCAAGCAAAAGUUACAGAAAGUAGAGAUUACCCUACAAGAUUGCCUGGCCUGUUCGGGAUGUAUUACCUCCGCCGAAGGUGUUCUCAUUACCCAACAGAGUCAGGAGGAAUUGCUUAAAGUCUUGCGGGAGAAUCAAAAACUUAAGGCCACCGGAGAUAAUGAUCUUGUGCAAACCAUUGUGUUUACCAUAUCAAUGCAACCCAUAUUGAGUUUGGCCCAUCGCUAUCAGUUGAGUGUGGAGGAAACGGCACGACAUUUGUCUGGCUAUUUUCGAAAUUUGGGAGCAGACUAUGUUCUAUGCACAAAGGUGGCCGAUGAUUUGGCCUUAAUUGAGUGCCGGCAAGAGUUUGUCGAACGUUUUCGUGAUAAAGAAGAUCUAACAAUGCUUAGUUCCUCUUGCCCCGGUUGGGUUUGCUAUGCAGAGAAGACCCACGGCAAUUUUAUAUUACCUUACAUAGCUACAACACGAUCACCUCAACAGAUAAUGGGUGUGCUGGUCAAACAUUUUCUGGCUGAAAAAUUUAAUGUUCCAGGAUCGAGAAUUUAUCAUGCCACGGUGAUGCCUUGCUAUGACAAGAAACUUGAGGCCUCUAGAGAGGAUUUCUACAGCGAAGUCAAUGGUUCACGUGAUGUGGAUUGUGUAAUUACCUCAAUUGAAGUCGAACAAAUGCUAAUGGAAGAUGAACGCUCGUUGUCACAGCAUGAACCCGUUGAUCUCGAUUGGCCAUGGACGGAUCAAAGACCGGAAUCUAUGAUUUGGGCCCAUGAGGCUACCAUGUCUGGUGGUUAUGCCGAGCAUAUUUUCAAAUAUGCUGCGAAAGAACUUUUCAGCGAAGACACCGACAAUGAAUUGAAAUUCAAACAAUUACGAAAUCGUGAUUUUCGUGAAAUAAGUCUCGAGAAAGAUGAUAAGACAGUCUUGAAAUUUGCCAUAGCAAAUGGUUUUCGUAAUAUACAGAAUCUUGUGCAGAAACUUAAGCGUGGCAAAGGUGCAAAUUAUCAUUUUGUUGAAGUUAUGGCCUGCCCAUCGGGUUGCAUCAAUGGUGGAGCCCAGGUACGGCCCACUACGGGUCAACAUGUACGCGAAUUAACCCAACAGCUGGAGGAAUUGUAUAAAAAAUUGCCCAUCUCUCAGCCAGAUAACAGCCAUACAAAGGCAAUCUAUGGGGAUUUCUUAGAUGGUGCUCAUACAGAUAAAUCACAUGAUUUACUCCAUACCAGUUAUCAUGCUGUGGAGAAACUUAAUACGGCUCUGAAUAUCAAAUGGUGAGGUUAUUCUUAAUGGGUUUUUUUUUAUAUAUUUUGUUAAUAGUUUUUAGGAUGCAAAAGUGUAAAAAAUAUAUAUAUAUUUGUAUAUAUUUCACUGUUUCAA